AUGGUCCGCAUAUUAUUACACGCCUUGAUCUUCUUGUUCCCACCAACUGUUCUAUCAUAUUACAUCGCCUUCUCUCAAAAGGACGUAGACCCAGCGGCCAUACAUGUAGAUCGGAACCACUGGUACGAAUGCUACCGACUACCAUCUAAUAGAGAACCCCUCCUCGGAUUAUCCAUAUAUAAUGCCCCCGCCCAAACCCACUUCCCAGAUGGAAUCCAAUUCUUCGCCGACCCAUCGGCUCGCUGUACUGGAGCUCCCUCACUAGUUCUAACGUUUUCUAAGCGCCCGGGCGUGUAUUUCGCCAACCUGGAUAAACUAGGCCUCAGCAGGGUAUUUACUAGCUGGAGAUACUAUGAUCUUCAAGAAAACCCCCUCGAGCUAGAAGCUCUCAAUAGCAGAGCAAGGAGAGGGGGUUACGCCGUGGGAUCCAUUCACGAUAUGGCAUUCAAAAAACGUUUGAAGAGCCCAGAGUGGUUUGAGGCAAAAAAGUUGAAGGACGUACCAAUUAUUGGAGGGGUAGGGUAUCCGCUUAACUAUCUCCAUGAAUAUGGAACGCCACCAACGGGUUCUAUAUCAGACGAAAAGGGGAAAGUUAUACCGUGGAUGGAAGAGCAGUUGAGGAAGUGGGGAAAUGAGCCCAUUGAAGAGGAUCCUCAAGAUAUCGACGAGGAAGCCGGCCUGCGAGUACAACCCACAGAGGAUCGUAAUCCACAGGUGGGCCGAAAUAUUCUGACCCAGAACCGGGGGGCGAUGGCAUUUGAGGACGAUAUGCCCCCUCCAAUUGAUUCAGAGAUACAAAGAAAGUAUUCUGUCGGAAGUUUAGAACAUAUGAGACAACUAGGAGAGCGUCCCAAAAAACCAACCCAGGCGCUACCGGGCACGCAAAGAAUGUAUGAAAUAUUAAAACAAAACGCUGAACAGAAGCUAAAGAUACCUUCACCAGAAGGCGCAUUUGGGCUGGAAUCUUUGAAAACAGGGCGGACAAUACCAGAGAUUCUCAAAGAAGUGGAAAAGUUGGCUCUAGAUCCGGAAUCUAGCGACGUCGAACUUGGAUGGGCUUUGACGAAAUUAGCAACUUUGAGGGAUAUGUCCCUAUUUCGUGGGGAGGGAGGCGGGGUUGAGAACUUUCAGGUUCCGCUCCAGAGAGCAGAAGACACAGGUAAAAUGGGAAUACAGAAAACAACUCCGAAGAAGAGUGCACUGUUAGAUAUCUCGAAUUUAUCAGAGGUAGAUGACUCAACUGAACUCAAAGUCAACAAAGACACCGAGGUCCCGGUGGUCCCAAUAGCUAGAAAUCUAGGACCGGCUGGAGUAAACCCGCCACUUCAGGGCCCUGGAGGGACAACAGAGCGUGCGUAUGCCGAUAGUGAUGAUGAUGAGAAGCCUAUAGAGCCAUAUGGGCGUCGGCAACAGACGCAGACGGGGAUAACUCCACUUUCUCCAGUUCAGGAGCUCCAAGAUCGCGCAAGAGGUCAGGACGAGACUGGAGCAAUAGGUCAGAUGGAAGAAAAAGAAUACGAAGUAAUAGGAGGAGCAAAUGAUGGUGUCGAAGAAAGAGAAGAGCUCAUACAAGAGAGUUUAGAUUUGGAUCCCGGAGUUGAAGCCCAACGAGUCUGGGAAGCAUCUCUACGGGAUGCGGACUUGGAGGAUAUUGAGAGUCUAGCUGAUUCUCCAGGUAAUGAGCAGCCCACGACCCCAGAAGAGCUCUACUAUAUGAUGGACUACGAUUAUCUAGGCUGA